CCUAAAACUUCAUUUCUUUCCAUUAACCAUGGAUUACCAGCUCUCACAAAAUGCACCCACCAAGGCCAAAAAUCAUAAUUUGAGGCCUAAUAUGCCAACAUACACUAACAACUGCUCUUGUUUCUUCUGCAUCAUGUCUGAAAAAAUUCCUCCCCUCAGAAGAGCGAAAAUCGCUCGCUACUUAAAACAAAUGCCUCUCAGAGACCACCAAGAACACAUCCUCGCGUUAAGUGGGUGGUGGAAAAUCGCCAUAACCAACCCCAACGAUCCAGAAUUUCCUUCCCUUGGCAUCUUCAGAUGCAUGGCCAAGUUAAUUCAAAAGGGAGUCACUCACAAAGAUUGGCUCCUUAGGUGUCAGAACAUAUACAUCCCUUAUUAUGCGGCACAUGUCAUUGGUUCUUACACCAUGAACAAACCCAAGUUUGCUUAUAAAGCUGUUAAGUCCAACGUGGUUCGGCCACUGAUAGAACUAUUACGGGGCAAGAUUAGUUGGGUUGAGAAAAGAGUUGCACUUCGCGCACUGGGUCAUUUGGCCAGCCAUGAAGCAACUUUUGAAGCCGUCGCUGAGCAUGAAGCGGAGGUGGUAGAAGCAGCCAUUGACAUAGCAUCCACGGGCCUAGCAGAGGUGUAUGAAAAGUUCUUUGGAUUGAAGGAAUCGGAGAGGUUGCAGUACCAUCGGAACUUGCUGACAAGAGGGCAUGGAGACUUGGAAUUAGAGAACAGAAAGGCAGAAGAAUGGGCCAGCCAGCUUCAGUGUUGGGCUCUCUAUCUCCUUGAUUGUUUUGCACGUAGAGAAAGAUCUCUGAGAAUAAUUUGCAAAAAGAGAUUCUUGAAGGACUUGUGUGGAAUGUGGGGUGGUUUAGUAAACCCAACAUCACCUUCGGGAAUAGGGCUUCUAAAAACUCUUUGUAACACCCAGAUGGGGAGAGAAAGUGUGGCAGAUUUAGAAGAAGUGGUAGUGAAUCUUUGUAAUGUGUCAAGAUCCUCAGAUGACAGGCAACACAUGGCAAUUAAUAGUCUUUUGCAACUUCUUAGAGAUCCAGUUACAAGAUAUAAGGUGAUAGAUACUACUGUUCCAGUUCUUGCUGAUUUGGUUGAGCUCGGAAGCAUGGGAGGGAAACCCAAAGUGGGGCAAGAAAUCAUGCAGACCCUCUUGCAGGAUUACCACAAAAUCAAGUUUUGUGAGCUGAAUUUGAAGAGUGGGAGAACCAAGAGAGCAUUGACAGAAUUAUGGGAGAUGAAGGUGGAAAGAGUCAAAAGAGAAAGCCUAAUGAAUGAGGAAGAAAUAAGAGAAAAAGAAGUGUUGGCUGGUAUUUUGAAACGAGAAGGGAAUCGAGAAUUUGGAUCAGGGAACAUAGAAAAAGCUGUGGUGAAGUACACAGAGGCUUUGGAUCUGUGCCCAUUAAAAACUAAGAAAGAGAGAAUUGUGCUUCAUAGCAAUAGAGCACGGUGCCACUUGCUUCUUAGAGAUCCAGAAGCUGCACUCAGCGAUACCACGCGAGCUCUGUGCUUAUCCGAUGCGGCGAGAGCGUGUGUUCCAAGCAAGAGUCUGUGGAGAAGAUCACAGGCUUAUGACAUGAAAGGGCUAGCCAAGGAGAGUUUGAUGGAUUGUUUAACGUUCAUUAGCGACCGAUUCCGUUCUCGAAAGAGAAGGGGAUUCAAGAUCCCACACUACGCGGCACAAAUGGUAAACAAACAGAUGAACGCCACGUGGCUCUUUGCUUCAGCUGAGUCAAUGAUGGUGUGA